ACCGGAUCGACCGCGAUACCCCGUCUUCCCCUCAAAUACAGGAGCUGCGAUAUCUCCUGGACGCCGUACGCUUGUGCAUCGCCCUCAGCUUCAUACAAAAUGUCCGACAACCCAUCCUUCGUCCUCAAAGCCAUCGAAAAGGUCGAGUACGAGCAGAGGCCCAUCCCAGAGAUUGCCGACAAUGAGGUGCUGAUUGAGGUCAAGAAGACCGGUAUCUGUGGUUCUGAUGUGCACUACUUGGUACAUGGCCGCAUUGGAGACUUCGUCGUCGAAAACCCGAUGGUCCUCGGCCAUGAGUCGGCAGGUGUUAUCUCAAAGGUGGGGAAGGCGGUGAAGAAUGUCAAGCCCGGAGACCGCGUCGCAAUGGAGCCCGGAACAACCUGCAGAGUAUGCGAGUAUUGCAAGAGCGGUCGUUACGAACUUUGUGCAGACAUGGUAUUUGCCGCUACACCUCCAUAUGACGGCACCCUCGCGCGUUACUACGUCCUCCCCGCCGACCUUGUAUAUCCUCUCCCCGACCACCUGACUCUCGAGGACGGCGCAAUGAUGGAGCCACUCUCCGUCGGUGUCCACUCCGUCCGAUCCAUCGCCGACGUUCGCGCCAACCAGACCGUCGCCGUCUUCGGCUGCGGGCCCGUCGGCCUCGUCUGCAUGGCCGUCGCAAAAGCGCUCGGUGCCUCGCGCGUCGUCGCCGUCGACAUCGUGCCCGCGCGCCUCGACUUCGCCAAGUCCUACGCCGCGACGGACGCGUUCCAGCCGCCCAAGAUGGAGCCCGGCCAGAGCAAGAUCCAGUACUCACAGAAUUCGGCCGAGCUGAUGAAGAAGCAGCUCGGCCUACCCAAGGGUGUGGAUGUCGUUGUGGACGCGAGCGGCGCGGAGGUGUCGAUACAGACAGGCAUGUUCUUGGCGAAGAUGGGCGGGACGUACGUCCAGGUCGGAAUGGGCACUCCGGAAGUCCAGUUACCCAUCACCACGAUGUUGACGAAGGAGCUGGUAUUUAAGGGCUCUUUCCGCUACGGACCCGGCGACUAUCAAUUCGCUAUUGACUUGGUUGCUGCGGGCAAGAUUGACCUCAAGCCACUCAUCACGCACAGAUUUGCGUUUACGGACGCGGUCAAGGCGUUCAAUGCGACGCGCCAGGGCAAGGGCGACGACGGCAAGGGUGUCAUUAAAGCCAUUAUCUCCGGGCCUGACGUCCCAGUAGGGCCUCUGUAAAUGAGUCUUCCUUCUGUGUAGGAUAGUGUAGCAUACGCCGACAAAUGAAAUCCAAAAUCCACUGCGCGCCAGGAGUUCUCCAGA